CCAAUCCGCUUGUUUUCGAAAUGGAAAGAUGGCGGCGCCCUUACAGACCUGAAGGCUGGCGCUGCUGUGCGCUGAACAAGCCGAGCGAAACUUUAAUUCUGUUGAAUCUAAAAGCCUUUUGGAGGGUUUAAACGUGGACUCGGUGGUCUUUGGCAGUGCGAAAUGAUAGCUAUCUCACGUAUUAACGACAAGAGCGGCUGAAUAUAAGAAGCCUGAAGUCAGACGGGCAGCGCGUUAGUUCAGCUGAGACAGCGGGCAGCGCGGAGUCGCAGUCCCGGCUGUUUGGUCUCCAGCGCCGCUGAUGAUCCUGAGCACGCGGAGAUGCGCGAGGGUGCUGCAGCUCACCCUCGCGGUCAUCAAACCGGACGCUGUUGCUCAUCCUCUCAUUCUGGAGGCUCUUCAUCAAAAAAUUCUAGAGAACAACUUCGUCAUUGUCAGAAAGAAAGACCUGAUAUGGAGAAGAAGUGAUUCUGAGAGGUUUUAUGCAGAACAUGAAGGACGAUUCUUCUACCAGCGACUAGUUGAAUUCAUGGCAAGUGGUCCAAUGAGAGCUUAUGUCCUGGCCAGAGAGGAUGCUAUUACCCGCUGGCGGGAGUUGAUGGGUCCAACAAAAGUGUAUCGGGCGCGAUACACUUCACCGAGUACCAUUCGGGCCCAAUAUGGACUCACUGACACCAGGAACACCACUCAUGGUUCAGAUUCAGAGGAGUCAGCCCAGAGAGAGAUUGCCUUCUUCUUUCCGGAAUUCAGCAUUGACCAGUGGCUGGAGAAAGAGGAGCCAUGCUUGAGGGUGGGGCAUAUGGACUAUGAUCAACAGAGACAAAUCCAUAACCCAUUCAAACAUAUUUGACUAUCCCGCUGCCUUGACCAAAGACAGGACAAAAGACAAUGGCCAUAAAGACCCAAGCGCUUUGCUUGUUCCCCAAUAAUGUAUCACUGUUCGUCACAUUGCUGUGCUGUCAUCUCGGAUUCACGUGAGCACUCGCACACUUUUGCUAUUACGUUUUUAAAAUGUGGUGUGUCAUUUGUCAUCUUCAUGAUGAUGAUCCAGGACACCUUGUUCUUGGUUAAACCAGAAUCAGUGUAGAGAAGAACUUAUUGAUCAUAGUGGUCCAGUAGUUUUCUGUUAUGCAUUCUAAACAAAAUAUUAAAGGUCAUUAAAAGGGUAGUUAAACACUGGCCCUUAUUCGUCAAA